AUGGCUUCCUCGGCCAUAAAGAAUGCAGACCAGAAACUGCGGAAUCCAGUUCAGACUGGCAAUCCUUUGAAGGACUGUCUCGAGGAGGCCCUGGUGCGAGCAGAAACGAUGGAGCUGGAUGAAAAGUCUGCUGAAGACAGGUCAUUCGAACGUUCAGUUUCAAAGUCUGAUUUGGAGCAUUUUAGGAAACGAUCCCGACGCCGAAGCAGUCGUCGAAGAGAUGGCAACCGGCAUACUGCUGCUGCUUUGGAGCAACGGCCCAAGCCCGCCUUGAAGGGAAUUCUCAAGAGACACUCGAUGGAUACUACUGUUGGGGCUCCUUGUAACGAGCUCAAUGCAACUCGGCGUCCCUCCAGAAGCGUGAGCUUCUCAGACUUGCAGCUCAGUCGUUGGGACAGUCAAGGGUCCAAGCAUAGCUCAAAGUCGUUGAAGCAUCCUUCAAGAUCUUCCAAGGCCACGCCCAAGGGAAACUACUGCUGGGACAAAGCACAGACACAAGAUGCCCCAACUAACAGUUUGGCCGUGUUCAGACAAGAACUCAGGAAAGAACCACGACAUGCACCCAGCAAGCCCCGUCGAAGGGGCAGCUUCGCGAAAGGUGGUGUCACAGGCACCAAUGUGUUUGAAGCAUCUGUCAAGGAGUUUCAGUCAGUUUUCGUAAGUGGCGUCCAUUAG